AAAGAAAGAUAAAAAGGUUAGACAACAAGGUGGUUGGCUUUAACAGAGCAGCAGCACAUCACCGGAAGCGCCGCCGGAGAGAAGAAAGUGAAAGAAGGAAAACAUGUGCUGCGGUGAUUGUGAGUGCCGGCCUUUGGGCUUUCUACUGGGCCUUCCCUUUGCGUUUCUCUCCCUCAUCGUCUCCAUCGUCGGCAUCAUCGUCUGGAUUGUUGGGUUGUUGCUGAGUUGCAUAUGUCCGUGUUGCCUCUGCGUGACGGUCAUAGUAGAGCUUGCGCUGGAGUUGAUCAAAGCCCCGCUUCACGUAAUGGAGUGGUUCACCUCUCAGAUCCCCUGUUAGAUAGAUUUCAAUUCCGUUCUUUUCCUUCAUAGUGAUUACUUUCAUCUCUUGGGGUUCCCCCUUUUCUUACUUUUAAUUUAAUUGAUGAAUGGGUUGAUGGGGAGGAUGUACUUGUCUACAGAUUUUGUUGUUUCUGAUUCAUAUAAUAGAUUGUUGUUGUAGUUGGGAUUGUAAGAAGAAAGUAAGGUAGAAGGAGACUUCCCCUGUCUUUUUACUCUGCCUCACUGUGAAUUGUCUAUGUAUUUAUUUUGUUAUACAAUUUAGAAACUUGUGGCUUUGGAUUGAUUUCCUGAUAA